AUGCCAUUACCGGCAGCACCUGUUAUAGUAUACGUUGCCGCCGGCAGUACCUGCAUUACCUCAUUCAGCGCGUGUGUUUGUGUAUGGCGAUCAACGAAUGCCGCGGUCCAAACACUGAAGAUCAACAUAAAAAAGAACAAGAUUGAAAACCUCGAGAACGCCUCGACCGAUCUUCGUGAAGCGAUCAACUCUCUCCUCGAAAUCCUACCAACCAGCGAAGCUGGUCGAAGAACAUCUGUCGAGUUUCGAAAGCGCCUGAGCGACGCAGCCGGAUACUUGAGCAGCCGUAUGCACCAAGCGGAAGCGCUACCUCAGAAAAAACAACACGAAGCCAGGUUGUCUGCAUACAACGACAACAUAGACACUCUGUUGAUUAUCAACAACGAGCUUGGCAGGGUUUUGGGCGCUGGAUUGGGCAACAAUGCCGUCUCGGUGUUCGCAGACCAAGCGCCUCUCACGCAGCAACAGCCCGAAAGGCAGAACUUGGUCAUGAGUUAUGAUGAUCCAUUUGCUGAUCCCCUGUCAAACCCGUGGUCAGACUCGUAA